AUGCGGCCAAAACAAAAAUACGAGACUCAGCACUUCCUCUCUCUCUUCCUCCGCCACCCCACUCACCUACAGGCAAACUUAAACGGCGCCCAACUGCAAGCCGCGGACAAUUUCGAAUACCUGAGUAGCACCCUCUCACGCACCACCAAGAUCGACUAUGAAGUGGCCCGCCGGAUCUCUAAAACCAUCCAAGCCUUCGCCCGUUUGCAAAGCUCCGUCUGGAAUCAUCACGGUCUCCACCUCGGCAUCAAACUGAAGAUGUGCAAAGCGGUCAUCCUACCGACGCUGCUAUAUGGAGCGAAGACCUGGAAGGGGUAUAAGAAGCAGGCACACAGGCUCAACUACUUCCACCUCGGCUAUCUUCGACGGAUGUUGGAGCUGAGGUGGCUGGACCGGAUCCCAGACACGGGCGCACUGGAACGGACGGGACUCCUCAGUAUCUACACUAUGCUGAAACAAUUACAACUGUACUGGAGUGGCUACUUUGCGCGCAUGGACGACGAGGGUUUCCCAAACGGCCUUUCCAGGGAGAUGUCGCCAUGGUUUCCCGCCAAUAAGGAGAUCAAGUCGGGCGCUAAAGCGAUACCCUAA